AAUUCUCAAAAAACGGCAGCGUAGUUGCCGAGAAAUACCAGAGAGAGAAAAAGUUAGAGAGAGAGAGAGAGAGAGAAUGAAAUUUUGAAAACGCAUAUAGUUGCGUUUUGCGUUUAUUGGUGGCCUCGCUUUCUCCAACUAUUCGUUUCAGGGUUUUCUGAUGACUUUUCGAAUACUAAAAGAUGGUUCAAAGACUGAGACUCAUGCUACUUCCAGUAGCAGCACUGGAUCUAUAGUACUCAUUGUAAUCCUCGUGCUCGUGGUCCUUGGGCUGGUAUUUUUGUUCCUUUUCAAGUUGUGGCAAAAGAAGAAGAGAGAAGAGCAGUAUGCACGUCUUCUAAAGUUGUUUGAACAGGAUGAUGAGCUUGAACUUGAACUUGGUCUUCGGGACUGACCCUUAUACCUUACAAGUUUAACUUCAUUAUAGUUGAGGCUUAAAUGGCUUUCACUAUAAGGAAUACUUGCUCCUUUAGCAGCCAGAAUUGGGAUGUGAUAUCUUCCUAUGAGGUGAGAUAAUAUUUUCUGUCUUAAUUGUAAUUUUUGUGAUGAUAUAUGUAAGUGAUUUUUUUUUUUUUUGGGUACAAGACUUCUGUCUCUGUGUUAGAUAAGAGAGGUAAUACCAUUUUGUAAGAAAUGCUGGGAGGUUCUUGGUCAAAAAUUUGUAAAAAUGACCUCAAAUUAUUCAUAAAGUUGUUACAUGUUUA